CCCAUGAAUGUUUGCGGCACUUUACGGCAGAGCUGACGUCACACGCUGUUACAUGUGGAUAAGCGAUUUGUAGCAUAACAUUUGAAUUUCGUGAACCAUGUUGUUUUAGUUGUAGACAAUUAAUUAAUUGUUUAAAAAAAAACCUGUCGAUGCUAAGCUGCCACAGUUCAGUCAUAUGGAACGACAUAAGCCCGCAAUUAUUUAGAAAAACAGCUGCAGCUAUCUGAACUUGCUAGCCAGAUCGCUACCUGCUAGCACAGGAAACGAAAGUGAAGGCCAAACAUCAUGGAGAACUACAGAAAAGCACGCACAGUUGAGCAGCCCUGCCCGUGUCCGUUCCCCGACCUGCCCAGCAACACUCCUGAAGUUCGAGUGAAGGAUGGCAGCAAAGUCCGCAAUCUGAUGAGGUUUGCUUUAAGCCGUAUGGAGGAGAAAGCACCUUCAGCAGAUAAUCCAGGCACCAAUGAAGGGUCAGAGGUGAGCGCUGGGUCGGGGGAGAAUCUGUGCCGCCAAAUCGUGUUCACAGGUGUGGGUCAGAGCGUGGCUAAAGCCAUCACGUGCGUGGAGAUCCUGAAACGCCGUGUUCGCGGACUACACCAGCAUACCAAGCUGGCCUACCGCACGGUUCAGGAGGUCUGGGAGCCCCUGGAGCCAGAGGCCGGGUUGGACAGUCUCACAGUCAGCAGAAAUGUACCGAGUGUAUGGGUUCUGCUCUCCAGAGACUCACUUGAUAGUAACCAGCCGGGUUACCAAGCGCCAGGUUCUUUUGAUGCCUUUUGGGCUCAGGCUCUCAAAGAGGAAGCAGCAACCCUGAGACAUGAACAGAGAAGGAAGAGGGGAGGAACAGGAACUGGAAGGGCAGAAGGGGCCGGCAGAGGAAAGGGUCCGCGCAAGCAACCGGGCCGACCUGGAGGAACACGUAAACCUUUAGGUCAUGCAGGGGGUGGGCAGUAAUGAAUGAAUGUUGCAACUUCCUGCUACAGCCGUAGCUUGGCUUAUAUUGACAGACACAUUCUGAUGGGGAAUAUCCAGUGCCAUAUCUAAUAAGCAGAUUCUUGUGAUUGUCUGUCAUAAAAUAGUUGUUCAGUACCUGAACAGUUCACCUAAAAUAAAAAUUAUUGUUUUGAAAAAAUCAUUAUUAAUUCACCCUCAUGCCUUUAAAACUUAUUUGUUGUAUUUUUUAUUUUUUUUCUUGUGGACACAAAAGAUGAAUUUUUGAAGGGUUUUUAUGCAGCUCUUUCCAUACAACAAUGUUCAGUUGUGAUCAUGUUUGUCAAGCUCCUUGUGCACUAUAAGCCAUACAGAAGUUUUCGAUUAAUAGUGACUUUACCUUUAAUUCAGAAGACUUGGAAUAUAACACAUACGAUUGGAUUAAAGAAUGGACCACUUUUAUAAUGUAUUUUGGAGCUUGUCAGAUUUGAGGGUGUGUAAAUUGACCAUUUUUUCCAUUUUAUUUGGUUAACUAUUCCUUUAAAUACAUUAGACAGAUGGGCAACAAAAUUUUCAGAUUGAAGUAUUGUGCCAAAGAGACUAGAAUUAAGUAUUCUCCUUUUUUAUACAUUAGCAUGUUUUCCGUUAAAAUACCUUAUUGUAAAAUAUUCUAUAGGUUUCUUUAGAGAUUAUAUUUGUUAACUUUUUUUUUUUUCUCCAGCAUAUAUGGUAUAAUUUGUUUUAAAAAUGAAAAAAUGUUAGAAAUGUAUAGAUUGAUCCAGAUUAUUUCAAUGGGCAAAAUUAUUAUUUUUUUUCAAUUUAGAGGAGUUCUUCAGAAAGCAAUUCAAGCCAUAUUGAAGUAAACAAACCCUAUUCAUUUGAUCUUUUUUUUUAUAUUAUUGCAGAUUUGAUUAACAGAUGAAGUACCAGGCAAAGUUUUUCAUAUCAGAAGAAUGAAAAUAGGCUUAUGUCAUCUUUUGCUACUAACAUCUUCAUUAUUUUAUGCAAAGGAAAGGAAAUUGUGUAUUUUGAAUACCAAAUAUGUCAGAAAAUACACAAAUUUGGGACUCUGACCAAAUGCCAAUGUUUUUUUAGUGGCACAGGUCAGAAAGUCUGAAGGCAUAGACGUUGUAUUGGGAACUGUUUAUAUAUAUAUAUAUAUAUUAGUUCAAAUGGAAAACAUGUUAUUUGUACAGAUUUGGGCAUAUCAGCAGCAGCAGUGGAGAACGUCAAAGCAAUACAUUAAUUUCAUAAUUUUUUCCCAGCAUAGACUGUUUACUGGAUUAAAUGUUAUGUAUUCUUUAGGAAAUUUCUAUUUUGUGAAAUCCAGAAAAGAAAAGUUCAAUCAGUUGAAUUGAAAGUUGUGAUGUGUGAAUACAAAUAAUGGUCAGUUCUGUGGCAGAAAAAAAAAUGUAAAAUGUAAAAUUGACUGUUUUGGAACUGAAUUAUUUUGAGCGAAUAAAGUGUGGAUUCCUCUGAA